AUGGCAGCGACCAUGAGGAACGUGGAAGAAAUAAGAAAUCGAGUGAUACUGGGUGAAUUUGGCGUAAAAAAUGUAAGUCGGUAUUUACGCUGGUUAUUCGAUACAUACGAUCCGGUUGGUACGACUCUGUUGUUUGUCAAAAUCCUAUCAGAUGAGACUGACACCUCGUUCAGAAGGAGCUGAUCAGGUGUUGCUGAACCUGAUUUUAACACCCUCUAUCUGAAAUCAGGAUACUAAAAAAUACCGUGUAAUGAUCGCUGAGAAAUACGACGCAAAAUAAAGUGGCAAUAAAACACAGAUAAUUACUGUUGUUCAACAUAAUAAAGGAGAAAGUCCAGCGGUAAAAACAGACUUUAGUCUCAGUGAUACUGAAUAUAAUCUUCAGAGGAUGAGGAGGACUUCGGACGCUCUUGCUGUAAUAUUGAAUAAUCAGUCUGUCUUUUUAGGUUCACACGUCAGAUUUUCCUGGAAACUACCCGGGCUAUGAUGACACCUGGGACAUGCAGAAGUUUCAGGAGGUAAAUUCAGGAUGGUGUUGUUUAAAUGCUGAUUGAAUCUGUAUUAAAUCGGGACAGCAAAAAUUUCUGAUUUAAGAAAAUAAGCAAAUUAUCCAGAGGAGUUUAAAUGUGAAACCUCAAUUCCUCUUUAGUUUUGUAGUUGCUUUGAACGAUUACAAAUCUUAUUUCGAGAAAAGUGAGUGAGUCCCUCUCAGUUCAAACGUGUUUUUCUGUUACUUUAUCUUAGGGUAAAACAACAGGAAAACACGAUUCUUACCUGAUACUUUUUAUGUAAGGAAAUAUUUGGUUAUUGAUUUUAUUCAUAUAUUUGAACUGAACUUUAUCCAAGCAUGAUUGUUUCUGUAUUUUCUCUCAUUUUUUUUCUGCUUCAGAGCCAAAUGACAGACAACAGUCGACCAAAUAGUCUUUGUGGAAAAGCUGUGUAUAAAUGUUUAAAACCAUUUUGAUAAACAUGCCUAAAAGUCUGGUUUUGCUCAACAAAAUUAGACUAAAAGGGCUAAGUCGGAAAUAUUUUUUAUGAUCUCUUAUCAAGCUUAGAUCUGCUCUCUGUCAACAGAACUUCAGGAUCAACGUUGUACAUCUUGAUGAGAGCAGUAUGGAGUUUGACAUGGUGGGAAUUGAUGCAGCCAUUGCUAAUGCCUUUAGAAGGAUCUUACUGGCAGAGGUGGGGUUCCUGAUCAAGCAUGUUAUACACUCUGUUUUAGGCGGUGGGGGGUUUCUUCCAUGAACAUGUGAUGAACUCUUUGGCUUUAUCCUGUCUUUGUUUGUUUAGGUACCUACCAUGGCAAUAGAGAAGGUGUUUGUCUAUAACAACACGUCCAUCGUCCAGGACGAAGUCCUUGCCCACAGAUUAGGCCUCAUUCCCAUCAGAGCUGACCCUCGCUUGUUUGAGUACAGAAACUCUGGUAAAAUGACUGAAUUAACUGUUGAUGCUGGUCACCUUAGACUACAGUGCUCCCAUAAUACCACACUGUUGAGGGAGAAACUUUUGAAGCACUUUGAAAUAUUUGUUGAACAUUUCUGGACAUCCUGGUCAGUUUAAAUCAUUUAUUUUGACUUCAUUCUCACUUUUUUCAGUCUUUACUGCCUUUGCUUUUUGCAAUUGGUACGUCACAAUAUUCUGUAUUUGUAAAGUUAUUAUAUUUCCAGCACUCUUUUGGUGUGGUUAGUCAAUCUGUGCUUGAUAAACUGUGCUUGAUUUAUAAUUAAUGAGUCAAAAAGGGGCUCAAAAACUGGUACGACAGCAAAUGGGUUUAGGACCAGCUGUAGCCAUUUCUGGGUAUCAUCCAAUCAAACAGGAAGUUAUUUUCAUGCAAGUUGUUGGUAAGAUGGAUCACAUGGUAAACACAAAUCCAGUCUGUUUAUAUGCUCUUUCCAGGUGAAGAAUCUGCCGAGGAAGAGGGUUCAGAAAUAGACACAAUCCAGCUGCAGCUGAAGAUUAAAUGCAGCAGGAACCCCAGAGCCAGCAAGGACUCCUCUGACCCACGAGAGCUGUAUCUGAACCACAUGGGUAAGUUUUGAAGAUACAGGCUUACAAACAGUGACUGUGAUCUGUCCAUACAAAAGAAUAAUUACAGUUCAAAAUGAUCAGGCAAAUUUAUGAGGCAGUGAUAUCUGAGUAAGAAAGAGUAUAAGAAGACAAAGAAUUAGCCAACAGUGUCAAUUAUCAGUGGUGGAUCAAGUACUUGAAAGCCGUAAUUGAGUAAAAGGACCGAUAACACACCAGAAAGUGACUCUGAUCAAAGUCGGCUUUUUUAGUGAACAAAGUUACAGACCUGCAGAACAGAGUCAAGAGUGAAGUAUAGACAACACUGUGGCUUUUUAAGGUGGGUGAGUUAGGGUGCUGCUAUGACCACAGUGGCCACCAUGAGCUGUUUGGUCAACCAUCCUUAACUUCCCUAUGGGCAAAGUCUUCAGAUCUUCUCUGACCCCCUUCUCCUGUCUCAGUUUACUCCAGGGACAUCAAGUGGGUCCCGAUUGGAAACCAGGCAGAUGUGUUUGCAGAUUCUAGCAUUGGACCAGUACAUGAUGACAUCCUGAUUGCUCAGCUGAGACCAGGACAGGAGCUGGAUAUUAUCAUGCACUGUGUCAAAGGAAUAGGUAAAAGCUGCUUUUGAUCUGGGUUGUGAGCAUUUGAAUUGUAAAAGAGCGUUAAGUAAUAUGGGCCUGCAAGAGAGAAGGUCAGUGUGGGAUUACAGUGUUCAAUAUUGAAGCAGUAAUAGUAUAUGAAGCUUUGUUUUCUGAGGUGGUUAAGCUGGUACAAAGAUGUCAAAUAUCACAACACUCUGUGGUCUGUUAAAUUGUCUGUGGCAAUUGAAUCUGAUGCAUUUGAGUUGAUUUAAGUCAUACUUUGAUUUGUUUUAGGCUCAUGGAAAGAAAAAGGACUAAAUGAAUAUUUGAUUUUUGUCUUAUUGUAUCUCCCACUGUCUGUCAUUGAAAUCUGUUCUCCACUCAGGUAAAGACCAUGCAAAGUUCUCUCCGGUUGCUACGGCAAGUUACCGUUUGCUUCCAGAGAUCACUCUCCUCGAGCCAGUGGAGGGAGAGAAGGCAGAGCGCUUACAGCGGUGCUUUUCACGAGGAGUUAUAGGCCUGGAAGAUGUUGACGGUAAGAAGCAAAGGUGUGAUGACUCUGAAAAUACAGAUGAAAACAGAGUAACCUUGGAUGAACACAGAAAUAUCUCAGCUGUUUCAUUAUUAUGUGUUCAGCUAAUAUAAGUCCUCUGAUGUUGCCCACCUCAAGGAGAAAAAGUUGCCAGAGUCGUGAAUAGUCGCCUGGAUACCUGCAGCAGGGAAGUCCACCGACAUGAUGACCUAAAGAAUUUGGUGAAGCUCGGGAGAGUGCGAGACCAUUUCAUCUGUAUGUGAAUAAACCUCCUGGUCGAGUCUCACUGCUUUGAGUAUUUUCUCCAAACCCAUGAUGUUGAUGUUAAAUUCCUUUUUGUAAACUGACCGUAUCACUGAAAACAAAACUAUCUAUUGAUGAACUUCCCACUUUUGUUUUUUCCUCACAGUUACGGUGGAAUCUACCGGCAUCCUGCCUCCAGAGGUCCUGGUCACAGAGGCAAUCAAAGUCCUCAUGACUAAGUGUCAGAGGUUUCUCAAUGAGCUAGACUCUACGGACAUGGAGUAG